GAAACACUGAGAUUCUCCUUUCCAAUCUCUCUUCCCACGGAAACCCUCCCAAAUGGAAGCUCUCAUCUCCGAGAAUUUCUUCCGUUUCUCCCAUCUCCCCUACUCUCCUUCUCUCUCUCCCUUCAAUUUCAGACCCUUUUCCCAAAAUAACCCUCCCUUUCACCAUUUUCCCCGUAGAAAUCAGAGCAGGAACACAAAAUUCCCGAUUUUGAGCUCAAUAUCUGCUUCUCCCACUUCAAAUUCAUCGGAUUUUGGAGGAUGGGGCGACCUGGAUUCCUGCCAAGAACUCAAUCAAUCCGGUGAGCUCGAUGGGCUCUGUAGUUUUCUAAUCUCGUUAGGAUUCAACGACAAAAAAGCAUGUUUUCCUGUUUUUGGUAGGAUUUGUAUCUGCUCUGGCUAUUUCUAGAGUUAAAUUUUCUUCAGUUGCAGUUUUUCCUGCUUCUGUUUUGGUUUUCGUGGUCGGGUUUUCCAUAGGGUUCGUUCGUGGGGCCCGCGUUGACGGUGGCCGGGUCGAAUUUGAUGAGAAAAUGGGUAAUUUCAGCAAUCUUUUGCGUGAAUUAGAUGUGAAGUUGUCCGAAUUGAAGAAUGGGAUGGAAACUGCGAUCGAUUCGCAAAGUGUUGAAGUGGGUGAAAUCGAAAGAUACUGUGAAGUUGUCGAGUCCGUGAAGUUAAAGAUUGUGCCUGCAAGGAAUCUUGUGGAAGCUUCCAUUGAUGAUUAUCAGGAAUCUGUGAGCAGUAACGGGGUGUGGGGCCGGAAUGGCCAAAUGUGCUUUUUGCAUAACGUGAGGAGCUGCAACGGUGAGAAGUCAAGUAAGAAAAGAAAAGAGAUGGGUGGUGUUGGUUUUGAUUUUGUGAAAUUUCUUGUCGGAGGAUUGUUUCAGGAAAUUUCAAUUGGGUCGAAACCUCAGAAGUCGAAGGAUGGCAUCAAGCGAGGAUCUAUGGAACAGUUGAAUUUGAAUGAAAGUGAUCGAAUUGGUGGGGAUGCGAUGACUGGUAGUGUUUUAGCAGGUGGAAUUGAAGAAAAAAGCUUAAAUCCGGCGUCCGGCAUUAACAUAGAAAAUGCUAAGGCAGGUUCUUUUUAUCAAGAGUCCUUUGACAAUCCAAAUGUCUUUGGAAAUCAGCAACAACAGGAAGGUGGGCCGAACAAUAAUGGUGGAAUGUCUUCUUCUCCAAAGACUCAACCUUUACAAGUAGUGCAAUUAGAUGGGGCCAACUUUCAAAUUCAAGAAAACUGAAGUAUCAUCGGAGAUGGUGAGAAGAAAUCUGCCAGAGAUGCUACUUAACAAUGAAAAGAUUCUCGGCAAUGCCAAAUCAAUGUCUAUAAAUGGGAAGCAACCCAAAAGCUCUAGGCAACAGAGUUACAAUGAUGAUUUGUUUUCAUAUGAUGAUGAGCUUAGUCGUCUGAACGUAUUGCAGUUCCGAAAUGAGGGAGACGGAGUGUGUGAUCCAGCUGAUUUUGGUAGCAGUCGGAGACCAAAUGAGCUUGAUUCAUUAAGUACGGAAGCCAAGGCAUUGCCGCAACAAGAAGAGGUUCUUGAGGAAUGUGAUAGAGCUUACUUUCCCUCUCCUGGCCUAAAGAAUGGCAAGUAUACAGAUGAAAAACAGACUUACAGAUGUGAUUUGCAACAAGGAACAGUGAAAAGCAUGAGAUUAGAAGACCAACCCAUUUCAGAUAAUCGCUUAUCUGCCUUUGAUACGGAAGUAGGUAAGAUGCCAUUGUCUUCGACGAUAUCAGAUGAUGAGGAAUUUAAUAUGCAUAUGAAGAAGGCUACUGGCCUUCUAAAACAUGCUAGAGAGUGUUUGACGAGUCGGGUUGAUGAAGAAAAGGCAGAGAUCGUGCUGUACAAGUCUGCAAGCUUACUCUCUAAAGCGAUAGCUAUGAAGCCGAUGAGCUUACGGGCUGUUGGUCAGCUGGGGAACACAUUUCUUCUUCAUGGAGAACUUAAACUGAGAAUAAGUCGUGAGUUGAGAACUCUCCUAUCAAGAAGUGACUCAUCUGAUGAAAGAGGACCAAGAGUUCAACCUCCGGGAUCUAAAAAAGUCGUGAGCAAAGAUAAAGUAGCCUUGCUUCUCGUUGAUGCGUGUGAAGAAUGCGAACAACUCCUUGUCGAGGCAGGAAGAAGGUACCGCAUGGCCUUGUCAAUCGAUGGGAAUGACAUCAGAGCCCUCUAUAAUUGGGGCCUUGCACUGUCCUUCCGUGCUCAGUUGAUCGCAGAUAUUGGACCGGAAGCAGCAGUUGAUGCCGACCAGGUGUAUCUAGCGGCGAUUGACAAAUUCGAUGCUCUGAUGUCGAGAAGUAAUGCUUAUGCCCCAGAUGGACUGUUCAGAUGGGGCAUAGCACUGCAGCAACGAUCUCACCUACGGCCGAGUAGUAGUAAAGAGGAGAGGAAGCUGCUUCAUCAAGCAAAGAGGCUCUUUGAAGAUGCACUGCGGAUGGACUCUGAUAAUGUUGAAGUAAGAGAAGCUCUAUCGUCGUGUAUAUCAGAGCUAAACUAUAGGCAUUUAUAAUAAUCAUCUUCAAGCAAAGCUCUAUCUUCAUGUAUAUCAAAACCACACAAGUAAUUUUGCAACUAUUUAAUAAAAUCCCAAUCUAUUAUAGGAUCCUUCGAGAUAUUGGAGUACUCGAAGCCGGCUGCUUGGAUGUUCAAAUAAUGUAAGAUGAGGAAUCUCUUUCCAAGAGGGAGACAUGAGAUCCAGAUCUACUAGGAUUUUAAAUUCUAGAAUUGUUGUUAUUUAGAAUUUAUACUCAAUAAUACCGAUUGGGUAUCAUAGAUUCGUUGGGAA